AUGUACAAAAAACAUUUUUUACUCUAUUUAUUUUAUCUCAUAACUUUGUUUAUUCUAACAAAUGGUCGUCGUCAAAAUCCAUUAGAAGGAACACAACAAGUUUGUGCUGAUGCAUGUGUACAAUCAGAACCUCAUUUUGAACUUGAUCUAAGUGAACCACGAAUAUAUCGUGAAAAUGAAAAUGUAGAUGCAAAAGUUUGGCAGACAAGUGCGGGACGAUGUCGAGAACCAGCUCUGUUAAAAAUUCCAUUGGAUAAAAUUGGUAGCUAUGGUUUAAUUAAAUUGGAUGUUGAAUUUGGACCAGUAUUACAUAAUUUUAGCAUUGAUAUUGGCACAAAUUAUAAUCAAACUAAUAAUGAUGAACACGAUGAACUGAGUAAUUUGAACAUAUUUAAUCAAGAAAUAUCCAUUGUACAUCGACCACAUUCAUGUUUAAAAAGUUUAAAACCAUCGAUAAAUCAACGAUCGGUAACACUUAUAGAACCAGGUGCUCGAGUAACAAUGUUUAUUAGUAAUAUGUGGUUAAAAAUUGAAAAUUUAUAUCGUACACAGCAAACAAUGACACUAAAAUUAAAUGAAACUGGCUUUUUAUUCAAUAAUAAUCAAACAUUAGAAAUAAAUUCAUCGAAUGAUGAUGCUUGUGGAAAACAAAAUGAACCAUCAAAUUUUCUCUAUAUUGGAUUAAAUCGAAAUAUUGAUGGUAACUUAGGCGGUAUCGGUUUAUGUUCAAUGAAUUUAACGUUUAUCGAAUGUGAAACGGAUAAUGAGCCAGCACUCGAAGUUGAUGUCUCGAAAAAGAGUUAUAAACUACGUGAUCACGAUAAUAUCAAUUGGAUAAGUCAAUUAUCCUAUUUGGAUCCACAUGCUGAAAUUAAAGAAUGUAUAGCACAAGGAGUUGUCAGACUAACUUUUGAUCCAAAGGGCGUAAGAAAAAUUGCACGAUUUGAUUUGACAUAUGGUCCACAUGUUCAAGGUUUUACAUUUAAUAUUGGUGAUUCGUCAACAAACAACGCAUAUGGUGGUGAUGGUGGAACAACGUCAAAUUCAGCUGAAAUUCAUAGCAAUGAUAAUCGAUUCUACAUAUGGGCUAAUACAAAAAUUUGUGGUGAUACUUUAUUAUUGAAAAUUGAUUAUAAUGUAAUUGAGCCAUACGAUAAUAUCACCAUCUUUGUUAGUAAUGAACGUGUCGAAUUGACCAAUCAUCGAUCAUAUCAUGAAGUGUUUAAAAGUCCAUAUUUGUAUGCUUUAGCUGGUCAAAAUGUCACUUGUAAUUGUUUUGAUACAUUGUGUUAUCCCGGUGUUCAACCGGAUAACGAUGUAUGGUUUGGUAUAAAUCGCGUAAUAGGUGGUACAUAUAGACCUGGAGUAGGUGUAUGUUCAACAAAGGUCAAUUGGAUUCAAUGCAAAAAAUUUGAUAUUUCUCCACGAAAAAAAUUUGAUGAUGUUAUCAUCCCAACUAAAUCAACGUCAACAACAACAAUAAUUAUGACAGAGAAAAGCACAAAUGUGUUGACCGAUACUUCGCCCGGGUUGACACAUUCUCCGCCAUUGAUAAAUAAUUAUACUAAUGCAUUAUUAAUACAGGACCAAUCUACAACAUCAUCUGUACCAUAUUCUUCUUCUUCUUCCAUAUCGAAAAUAGAUGAGAAAACUAGUACCAUUGCUGAACUAUCUGUAAUUCAAGAUAUAGAAAAUGUGUUAAUGGAAGAAACAACUUAUUCACAAAUAUUAAAUCAAGAAGAGAACUCAAUAUCAUCAAGUGAAACACAUUCUGUUUCAAAUACAAAUCGUCCAUCAACCUUUUCUUUCAUGGGAUUGUUAUCGAAUGUUUUUGAAAAUACUACCAUGAUUGAGAAUAUUGAUAUAGCGACAACACAUCUCUCAGUUGAGUCGACUCCUCGUCAAUCAGAUGAGGAAUUUUAUGUCAAUGCUGACGAUAGUGAUGAAAUUGGUGACGAUGUAACUCUAUCAAAUUUGAUAUUAAACAUUACCACAACAACAGAAUCCUCAUCCACAAUAAAUUCUCUCUUUCAAAAUUUAACAAUAAAUCAUAUUAAAAAUUCAAAUGAAACGAUUGAUAUCAAUCGAAAUUCCAGUGAAGAAAUGAAAGAGUCAAAACAUACUACAUUAUCAACACAAGAACAUUUUGUUACAACGGUGGAAACGGAUGAUGAAAUUUUUCCAGAAUAUGCUCUUAAUUCAUCGGCUGGAGAAAUUAUUCUUGAUACUCUAACAAACUCUAAUAACAUCACUUCAACAACAACAUCUAUGAUUUUAAAAACUUUAAUUUUAACCACGAUGAAUAAUACUCCCAUUCUAACAACAAGUGAAAAUUAUACAAAUUCAGCAAUAUCAAAUACUACUGAAAUGGAUAAAAAUAAUUCUUCAACAAUUUCCUCAUUAGCUACAUCAAAUCCUUGUACACUAGAAAAUUUACAAGCAAAUUUUGUUUAUCAUGAAUAUCCAUUAGAUAAACAUAAAUUUAUAUUUUGUGACAAUUAUGGUCAAAUGAAUGUUAUUUCGUGUAGUAAAGAAUAUUUAUGGGUACAAUCAAAACAAUCAUGUAUUAAACAGAAUUAA